CUGCUUUGCUUCUUGGCUGGAUUGGCAAGUGGCAAAGCGCCAUUUACCUGAUCGCAAGCAGUUUUAGUCGCCGACGUGAUAUUGAAUGAACCGUACGCGUGUACGUAGUACUACUAUGUACCAGCGAGACCGUUAUUUCAAGUAAAAUAUAUUAUGUGAAGACGAUUUGUGUUGAAUUGUGCAGCGUAAAUGAAAUAAAUAAAUAAACAAGUAAAUAAAUACUGUGAAUAAAAAAGACAAACUGUGCAUGGUUGAGUGCUGAGCAGGUUUAAGAAUUAAACGUCUCUUUGUCCCAUCGACGACACGCAUACAUACAUACAUACAUAUAUACAUAUGUAAGUGCAUAACUACAAAGUGGGGUAGUAAAGUGAGCUGAUACCUGAAAUUUUAUAUCGGCAAACUUGAAUGUCAAACAGUAACAACUACAACACUUGUUGUAAACAUCAAAUGAAGCUGCAGCAAUGCAACUAGGCGCGUCACACUACCGCCAACAUCACCACCAACAACAAUAACAACUCGCUUUAAGCAUUAAUGCUUCCACAACACACUUCCGAUCAGCUUCAACCGAUACACCGGCUUUCUUUCACAGCCAAAACGGCUGUCGUUUCAUGUGGGAACUUCUUCUGCUGCUUGCUGCCUCAGCGUCACUUAAGAAGUGCAUAUAUGUAUGCGUGUGUUGGUGUAGUGCAUUUUGGAAUUCGCAUUUCGUGAAAGUCAAUAAUACUUAGUAAAAAUGAGGUGAUAGAUACAAAAAGGUAGUUAGAGCAAGAGAGAGAGAGAGAGAAAGGACAGAAAGUGGCAAAAAGUGAAGUGAAAAAAGCGAAAAAAUCGGUAAACGAAUACGAGAUGAAUUUACAAACAAAAAAGCGUGCAUUUUUACGUUAAAAAUAUUUCUAUAUACAUACACAAGCAAAACUAAAUAUUUACUUACGUGUAUGCGUUCAUGCACUUGCACUUAAAUACUAAUCAACCCAGAUAGAGUAUCUUUACAGAAGAAAAAGAAAAAGUUGUAAACAAAAACAAAAUACAAAAUAAAUAAAAUAGUUGAAAGUGUGACGAGAAAAAUAUAAUCAUUAAAUACAACAACACAGCAAACGCUUCAUAAAUAAACAGAGAAAUUGGUGGAAACAUUUGUUUGUUUAACGAAUCCAAAGCAUGAAAUGGUAAAAGAGCGUAAAAUAUUGAACAAAAAUCAAAUAAAAAUCAAAAAGUUCUAACAACGCACAGAAAAGCCAGAAACGGAGCAAAAAAGCAAAACAUAAAAACAGGAAUAUAUAAAAAAUAACAAACCUUUCGAAAGAACCAUUUGCUGUUACGCAAACGAAAACGACACACUGAAAUUUAUGCAUCCCACAAGCGAUUUCUUAUUGCAAUAUUUAGCUAGCAGAGCUGCGAAACCCUCAAAACUCCCGAAAUCAACGAAAAUACAUUUUUCACACACAUACAGUGAAAACUUCGUAUAUGUAAGUGAAAAGUAUUGAAGUUAAGAAUUUAAAUAAAACUUAAAUAAAACUUAAAGCCAAUUUACUGAAAAAAUAAAUUGCAAUUUAAUACAAACAACCAAGUAAAGGGCGCACUUGCAGCGAAUCCAUAGCAAAAAUAAAAAUAAAAAACAGAACCAAAAAAAAAUAAAUAAAUAAAUAAGAAAACAACAACAAUGUUUACAACAAAAGAAAUGUAUAAAUUCAUCAAAUAAGGAAGUGCAUAAAAGAAAAGUGUAAAUGCUGACAAGUAGCUGGGGACUACACAUACAUGCAUACAUACAUACAUACAUAUGUACAAACUACCAAAUGCAUGCAAUGAAAAUAUCUAACAACGGUUAGGGAAUCGCAACGAUUAUAUUACACACCGCAAGCUGCAUAACUGCAAAUCGAGUUGCAGUCAGAUCAAAACCGAGACGAGCCGUUUAAUAAGAAGCUGUAGAAGAAGCAGAAGGAAACAUAUACAAAAGCCAUACAACGAGAAAAAAAAAGAAGAAAAGACAAAAAACAAAAAAACAGAAGAAGUCUUGCACAUUCAAGCCAAGGCAAGAAAAUUAGAAGAAGCAAAAUAAGUGAAAAACAAAAUAAAGAAAUAGCGCGAAAAAAUAGAGCAAAGGCGGAAAAGUAAAUACGCUGAGGUGCAUAGAGACGGCAGAGGGUGGACAGUAGGUGUUUGUAGCACAGUGUCAUAUACAUGCAUACAUACAUAUGUUUGUAUGUAUAUGAGUAUUUGGAGAAGCUUGAGAAAAAAAAAAACUGGCGGAAAAGUCGAGCGCAAAAGAAGACAACAUAGAAACUUUAUACAAAUGAAAUGAAAGAGUUGAACGAGUGAAGUGAGCAAGCAAGCAAUUUAAAGUAACUACUUUUCGUAUAUACAUACAUACAUAUAUUCCUCUACCACUUAGAAGUCUUCUUCUUCAACAGUACGAACGGCGCAUUAAAGAGCAACACAAGCGAUAAAACAAAAACAAAAUAUAUAAACAUAAUGGCAACGAAAACUGUUAUAAACACGAAUACACCAACUAAAAUAACAACAAUGCGUGGCAUCUCCAUUUUAAUUGACCAAGAUCAAGUAGCGCCAGCAGCCGUAACAAUAACAACAACAACAACAGCAACCACGACUACGACGACGACGACGACGACAAGGCAACAACCACUCAUUGUCACAUGUCAACAAGACAUGUUGCGUCCUACAACAACAAACACAACAACACCGCAUAGAAACACCGACUCGGCCAAGAUCACCAUUUAUCAAAAUACAACAACAACAAAAACACAAAUGGCACCAACACCAUCAACGGCCAUAACUAGAACGGUGUUGACCAAAUUGCAGCCACAGCCGAGUAAAUUGAUGGCGACCACAACAACAACACAUAUUGGUAUUAACGGUAUAAAUAAUAGUGAUAAUUACACACAUAAUAAUAGCCACAAACAUAAUGAUAUUGUUGCCGCCGCUGCCGCUGCCGCUGCCGCUGCUGAUGGCAUUGGUGAUGAUGAUGUUUUGUCAGCCGCUGCCGCCGCCACUAAUGGUAAUAAUGAACCAACACACGAUGAACGCCGUUCAUCCAUACGCAUUAGCAGUGGUGAAUAUGAAAGUGAGCAACAACAAAAAAACACUAGUUACGCUACAAUUAAACAGAAAAUAACAACAUCCACUGCAGUGCCCACAUUGCCGCAUUUGCUUUUGAAAGUGGUGAACGAUGGUGAAAGAAGUGGAAAAGUCAAUAAUGGCGAGCAGACGACAACAGCAACAGCAACAGCGGCUGUCGUGGUCAACGAAGUAACAAAUGUGAGUGGAAAUGAAGUGGCUGGAAAUCUAAGUCUGCUUGUUGGUGGAAAAUUGCGCGCAGUUACAGGUGGUGGUCAAAGCGAAAAGCAGAGCAAUGCAACGACAAGCAAAGCUUCGCCAACAACUACAAAGUUGUCGGCUGUUAAUGAUGAGACACAAACGAAGCGCGGCUUGAUGAUCAUACAGUGCAAUGGCAAUGUGGAUCAUCAUCAUCAUCAUCGCAGUGUUGAUAAUGAUCGCGCCGAUCAUGCUGUUCAUAGCGACGAUAUACAACAAGACAAACGCGAACAUUUUGAACAAGUUAGUUCACUUGUUGCGUCUAAUUCAUAUCAAAAGCAGCAGCAGCAGCAGCACGAUGACGACGACGACGACGAAAGUUGUGUGACUAGUGCUAUUGGAAAUGGUCAAAACGCGUUUGAACAUUAUAUUUGUACGAAUGCGCCGCCAAGCAGCGGUGUUAGGCAAAACGAACACGAACGUCUUGAAGCUGCUUCUGCUGCUGCUGCUGCGGCUGUUGCUGGUGGUGGUGGUGGUGUCUGCACUGCAGAUGUCCAAGAGCAUCUGGAAAGUAAAGACGUGAACAACGCGAAUUCGAAUGCGAUCGCCGCGUAUAGCAGCAGUCUACUAACGGCAACGGUAACGAAAGCAAUAGAUUGUGCAAGUGCACUGACCGCAACAGGCGCAAGCGUAUUGAAAACCAACGCGCAACAGUUAGUAACGGAAAAACGUGAAAAUAUACCAAUAGCGAAUGCGAAAGAACCAAAAUUGCAUGUCUUGAAAAUCCAAAUCAAACCGAGUGAAGUGGCUGAAAGCAAUGAGAAGCAAGUAACAGUGGUAACCCUUAAUGAGUCAAAAGUGCAGGAAAACCAACAACAACAAGAGAUACAGAGUGAACAAGCUAAAGCGACAAAUACAAAUUGUUUAAGCCAAAAAAUUCCCGUGCUGAGCGCUAAAACAACAAAUAUUAAAACGCCAACAAUUGAACAGAAAAUCGUGCGCGUACAACAAACAACGGGUGAAAGUGCGAACGAACUACAUUCGAGCGCAGCAAUAAACAACAACAACAAUAACGUGUACAUAAACAAGCAGGCAAGCGAAGAAAACGUACAGAAAAUGGUGCAAAAGCCUGUAGCAAUGUCAUUUACGGCCACGCCGCCAACGGCUGGCACUGCAUUGUCGUCCACAAUUCUCAACACGGGCGCGGCGGUAACCGUAUCGUCGUCAUCACCAACAGCAUCGGUCGCCACAAACUUGAAUGUCAGCAGCGCCAAUGGUAAUGGCAACGCAGCAUUAAACGGUAUUAAUGCCACUAAUAACGGUAACGGUCACGCGAACAAUGCGAUUGCAACGAGCAACACCAGCGUCACCGAGCUGAAUGUCACACAUCCUUCGUAUCUGUACUAUGUCAUGUCUAGCGGUCAAUUCUCGCCUUGUGACACACUGGAUAGCGGUACUGGUAGUGAUUUAGAGAGCAAUGGCAAUAUCACACCAGGCGCACCUACAACCACACAGAACAAGCUGCAGUCGACACUGGAAAAACUCAAUGCGGCUGCUGAUGCACAAACUAAUGCCACCUCGGCCACGUCCAAAUUGGAAAUGCAUGUGAAGGCCACAAAGAUACGUUUGAAUGGCAGCACAAAGAAAUCUGGGUUGGACUUAACCAACGGCAAUACGAAGUCGUCCUCACACACAAAUGGCGAUCAUGCUCGUGCGGGUAGUUUUACCGAUAGCGAGGAGAGCGAGUCCUCCUCGCUGAGUUGUGACUCGCUGCAUUCCACCGAGUUCAUACGCCAAACGUCGGUUUCGCCUACAUCAGCACACAAGGGCGCAACGUGUGCCAAAAUGUUGGGUUCUUUUCUGCCCGACUCUUUGUUGCGUGACAUACGCGAUCGUAAAUUUCCAACAAAUGAUUUUGAAUCGAAAUAUGGUGAUGCGCGUAGCGCUGGUAGCGCUGAUGGCGGCAGUGAUGCUGAUGGCGAAGCGGAUGCACCUUUCACAGGUCCGCUAACGGCUGAUAUGGCCAACGAACCGAAUUAUAUUAAUAUUGAACAUACGAAAUUCUUAAAGGAACGCAAUGGCAAUAAUAUUAUUACCGUUAGUAAUAGUCACAUCAAUAAACGCGCUUCGUUGCCAAACAAAACGUUUGUUUUGAACGCGGAUAACGGUACGUUCGUUGAUACGAAAAUGAAUUCGAUGCCACGUAAAUAUGAAGCAGAUAAAUAUUAUAAUUUUCAUGUGCGCGAACAUGAGAAUUUCCGCAGUUUCGAUUUGGGUUGUGGCGGUGCGGGCGGUGCAGCCAGUCUUGGCGGUUUGGGAGUUGGCGAUCUGGAAAGUCUCUCCGAAUACGAAACAAAGAGUUUGCACGACGACGCCUUCGCAGGCUAUAAGGAUAUACGUUGCGGUUCGGCCACUUCGACUAUACGCUCGUCGAAGGGCACCGUGCGCGGAGUCAAGAAUCGUGUGCGCAAUGGAAUAGCCACGUUCUUGCAGCUGCAGCACCCAAAUGUGAAGAACUUCAAGGAAAAGGAUGCCGGCAAAGUGGUACUCUACACAACGAGUAUGGGCAUCAUACGUGACACGUACGCGAAAUGUGCGAAUGUCAAACAGAUAUUGCGUACAUUGUUGGUGAAAUUCGAGGAACGCGAUGUCUUUAUGAGCAUUGAAUAUCAGCAGGAGAUCAAGGAGCGCAUGCACUCGGAAGCGAUAAAAGUACCUCAACUCUUUGUGGAAGGUCAACACAUUGGCGAUGCUGACACCGUGGAACGACUAAACGAGUCUGGUGAACUGCGUCAGUUGCUCAAACCAUACAAGUCAAUUGCCACCACAUUCACUUGUCAGACGUGCGGCGGCUAUCGGCUACUGCCAUGUCCCUCAUGUAAUGGCUCGAAAAAAUCGGUACAUCGAAAUCACUUCACGGCCGAAUUUGUGGCACUGAAAUGUAUGAAUUGUGAUGAAGUUGGACUUGUGAAAUGUCACAAUUGUUAGGCGUAUGUAUAUCGAUAGGAGAUAUCGAUAAAGCCUCAAGCGCGUGGUGGGAGUGACGGUGACGGCUGCAUAUUGUUGGAUAUUUUUUUUUUAAUAAUGCCUCUCAUAUGCGCAGCGCAGUGUAGCAAUAAAAACAUAUUUUAUGUAAAUUUAAUAAUUAUUAAUAUAAAUAUAUUUUAUAUGUAUGUAGCUAAUUAGCUUAAGCAACGAAAUAGUCAUUUAAUGUGUAUUUUUGAAAUAUUUUUAUAUGAAUUUUAUUGUAUUUUUUAA